CCCGCCCGCCGCCCGGGCAGCGCUGCCCCGGCCGCCCGGGGAGCCUCAGCGGGGCACCGUUCUGGCCGGGCGGCGGCGUUGUCUUUCAUUCACGUCUUUAACCAGCAGCCCCCUCCCCUCACCGGGGCAGCGGGCCCUGCUGUCCGAGCAGCUGGCGUGAGCUGCCAUCGCAGCCAGCCCGAGCCCCCCGCGGCGAACGCGCUCUCCCGGGCGCGGACCUGUGCUGGCUGCGCUGCGGUCCCGGCUGAGUUUCCCGCUCCGCUCCGAGCCCGCGGCGUGGCUCCGUGCAGCCGGCAGCCUUGUGUCCCAGUCAGCCAAGUUGUUUUAGCUGCAAACUGGUACAAAAAGCUGUCCCCAUCUGUCUGGAAGGGACUAAGUGGAGAAUUGGAAGCUUUUGCAGAGGAUAUGCCUAAAACAUGGCAUCAGACAGGAGGUGAACUCUGUGUGUUAAAAAGAGGAGUCUACCUAAAAGAAGGUGUCACAAAAAGGGAAAGAAAGGUGAUGAUGACCAUGAACUUUGGCUGCCUGGGGUGUGUGCAGACUGUGGAGAUGGUUAUAGAAACUUGCUCCUUGGAGAUGGUGGCAGGAAUAAAAGGAAACUCCUGGAAGCCUGACUCCCACUCUUCAGCUCUCAUAGCAGACAGAAAUCCCAGAGAUGGGGGAAAUUACUCAGGUUUGAAAAUCACAAGAGUUAAGUUACAUCAAGAAAAUCACAGAAGAUCUAAUAGAGGUGCUGUGGUGAUAGCUGCUGUGGUGAUGGCUUGUGAACUCUCCACAGCCUUUUUGUGUGGAAAUAAUAUUUCUGUUAGCAGAGCACUUUCCCAUGCCCUGUGUUUUAAAGAACAAGCCGAGGUCCUUGUGUGUGUUUCUGGCUUGCUGUUUGCAGCCACUGGCAGCCAGCUCCGUCUGACAGAGCCAUCCAAGUCAGCACUAGCCAGCAGUUGCACCCUGCACCCAGAAAAGGAUUUCACAUUUGAAAGGAGCUCACCGCAGAGGAGGUCAUCUGUCUCAGAGCCAAGUCAGCAGAAGGAACACAGGAUAUGCAGCUGCAGCCUAUCAGUACAGCUACCUGCCUGAAUCUACAAAUUUGCACCUGCUUUCAACGUUUUUCAUUAUUUUCAUGCAGAAUAAAGGAAAGAUGAUACAGAAAAGAGCCUUAUGUUUCAUGGAAGAAAAUGAACAGGAAACAGAAACAAAG